UAGUUUACUUUCGACAACUAAACGGAACAUAUCACGUCGCAAAAAUAUAGUCCAAUAAUAAUAUGGAAAACUGGAAGCUCUCGCUGGCAGGCUUUGCCCUGUUGUCGAUCAUUUGCAGCUGUGCUGGCACGAAUCCUUUGGCCAGCAACUAUACCAACGAUAUACUGCGCCUCGCCAAGGCAGCCCACAUCAAGGCCUACCUGAGCACGGAGGAACCGAGGCCGUGCGACAACUUUUACAACUAUGCCUGCGGCAACUGGCCGCGUCUGCACCCGGCGCGUCUCCACAACAAGAAGACCAACUAUCUCGAGGAGCUGCAGGAGCUGUUCGUGCGCAAGAGCGCAGAUAUGCUGAAGAGCACGAAACCUGGCGCUGACAGCAGCGCGGAUCGUCUGCUGAAAAGCUUUUAUGGCUCGUGCUUUGUCCAGGCUAAUAACACGGCCUCUGCGCUGGCUGCGCUGCUGCAGGUAACCGAUUUCCGUGGCGGCUGGCCAGAGAUCCGAGUGCCGUCCUGGUACCAUUACGAGUACGACUGGCUGCAGGUGGUGGCCAUGCUGAAGCGUCGCUUGGGCGUGGACAUACUCAUCGGCCUCGACGUUGUGCUCGACUAUAAGGAGGAGCAUAUGCAUCGACUCAAGCUGGGAGCACCGCAGCUGCCGCUGGGACAUCGUCGUCAAUAUCUGGAUGCAGGCUACCAUGAUGCUCGCGAGCGUUACGAGCGCUCAAUCCGAGAGAAGCUGGAGGGUUACUUUCCAGAGCAGCCGGAUCGCUGGCAUGAGGAGGUGGCCGCACAGGUUCUGCAGAUUGAGCAGCAGCUGGCGAAGGGAUUGCCGCACAAUGCGGCGCUUACGUUGGAGCAGACGACCCGACAACGUACGGCCGCCGAGAUGAAGGCCGCCUAUGGCAACUACGUGGAUGUUAGCCGUUAUUUGCAAAUGAUCUUCAACGAUUCGAUGUACGUGGAUCUGUACGAGACGCCUGAGGACUACAUGUCCAAUCUGGUGGACGUGAUCCGGAACACGCCGAAGCUGCAUUUGGCCAAUUACACAAUUUGGCGUGCAUUGGAUACUCUGGACGAGGCACGUGUUCCGGCGACAGUCCAGCCAGGGAUCUGGUGCGUGCAACUGGUGCGCAAGUACUUUCCACAGCAUCUGGAGAGCCUGUUCCAUCGCAACUACAACAACAUGGACAUGAUCAACGAAUUGCAGUCCACCUGGGCGGACAUCAAGCGAGUCUUCCGUGAGGAUUUGCAGGCAUCCACAGAUCUACACUGGCUCACGCUGGACACACGCCAGAAAGCCAUCGCCAAGCUGGAGGCGCUCGAGCUGCAGUUCCGCAAUCACGACGACACACAACUCAUCCGACAGAUGCACGGCCUGCAGCUGCACCCGGAUCAAUUCUAUCAGAAUUUGGUGAGAGUCUUGCAGUGGCACACGCAGCGACAGCUAUCGAAGCUGGUGGAGGAGCCGCAGUUGACGGACCAAGUGUAUAAGGUGCCGCACUACGAGCUGACCACCAACAAGAUGCAAAUACCCAUCACUUUUCUGCAAGCGCGCUUCUUUUGGGAUCCCGCCUAUCCGAACGCCCUGAAAUACGGCACGCUGGGCGUUUUGCUGGCCCGCCAGAUGCUGCAUGGCUUCGACGAUGUGGGAAGACGCUUCGACCGACAUGGCUAUCGCAAUAACUGGUGGGAUACCACCUCGGAGAGCUCGUUCGCCCGACGCGCCCAGUGUUUCCAGGAGCAGUACGCCAUAUAUGUACAGUUCAGGGAUAAGCCCGUCAAGGACAAAGGUCUGCUGAGCCGAAUUGUCGCCGACAACGGCGCACUAAAUAUCGCAUAUCGCGCCUACACAAAAUGGCUCAAGAACUCGGCCGAGACGCCCAUCAUCUACCAGCGGGAGCGAUUGCCAUUGCUCGAUCACUCGGAGAACGAACUCUUUUACUUGGCCUAUGCCCAGCUCUACUGCUCCGACUACCCGGAUUCCCUGGAGAUCUUCGAUGAGCUACCCGAACAGUUGCGUGUCAACACAGCGCUCUCCAAUUCCGAGCAGUUCGCGAAUGCCUUCAGGUGCUCCAGAGACGACAAGUUAAAUGCCCGCUUCAAGUGCGCACUCUAUUGAAUAGCUAAUCACAUCAUUUUGUAUCUGCGACACAUAUCUAACAUAUUAUACAAGUCCAAUAAAGCUUUGCACAUUCGAAUCUCUA